AGCGUAUUCAACGCGUUCCAAAUGUCACUUAUUCCACAUCCAUCUACAAUGAAAGAAAUACCGAUUUUCAUUAUUAUCCUAACAUUUUCGAUCCCAGUCUCCCCAGGCGACCAAAUAAUAUGCAGAGAUUCGAAUCGCCCUAUAGCAACAGACGCUGAAGACUUCUAUAAGCUGGUUGAUGCUGCUCCUGGUGACAAUUUGGUACUACAGUGUCAUUAUUGUGAUUUAAAUCCACCCACCGAACCCAAAAAUUGGUUUAAGAGCAGCAGACCAGGAUGGGACACACCAAGGGAGGUACGCUUGAGCAUGGACAACGACAUGGAACUCAACAGGAUGACAGUGAACACUGAACAUAGUCUGAUCAUCAAGAAUGUAGACGAGACUGACGGUGGGCUAUAUUUUUGCUGGAACUUGGGCGACGUUAACGGAAAUGACAGGUUCAAUUAUUUGGUGGAUGUCGUAUUCGAAGAAACCCAGAGCGUAGAAGCAGGAAACAUUUCCGCCUGGCUUACGUAUCAUGAUCAAAACUAUCUUCCCAUCAAUAAACUGUUUACCCAGUCUAACAGUGAUGAAUUCGUCAGGUUGAGAGACAUUGUCAGUGUUGAUUUGGAGCUGAUCACGCAAUGGGACCCAUGGGGUCCUUGUGACGUUUGCGGAAGACCUGAUAAUCAUGGGGUUAAGAAGAAGAGAGGCAGGUGUAGGAUCAAAGUUACUGUAAAAGGCGGAGAACCAGUGCGAAAUGCCGAAGAUGCAUACCUUCAGAACGUGACAAUAUUGUCUUGUAGAUCUAGGAAGCUCUACAAACUAUUUCCAGGUGUCAGUAAUUUGACUAGGGUGGUCCCAGACUUCGUUCAAGACGAAGCAUGCGAAGGUGUUUGCAAUCCAGACGCUGAAGGAGUUAACCACGGAUGGAAAGUUGGGAAAAGCAAAGCUUUCAAAUAUAGAAAAACUUUUGUGAUACCCGAGGGAUCACACCUAGCUAUGGUUUGUCCCGAGUCGACAUUGGAGAGCACCGUCAUCUGGAGGAAAAAAGGUAGAGUCCUGAAGCCAGGCGAUUCUUCUAAUCCAAAUGUCAUCGUUGAUAGGUUUAGUACUUUGUAUUUGGCAGAGGUGACCAAAGAAGAAGAAGGAAAUUAUACCUGUCAAGUUGACGACAUCAAAAUGCAACAGGUAAAAGUAUUUGUGGUGACAAAGUCAAAACUACUAACCAAUGAAAUGAGCCGACAUAUGGGAUACUUAGGAUUCGUGCUUCUUCUUUACCUUACAUGUUACUGCGGAGGGCUGGUCAUUACAUGGAGCAGAAGGCAUACUUUUAAGACAUACGAGGAGUUAGCUGAGGAACAUAAGGACCAAAUUGAGCUAGAUAAUCUAUUAUGAAAACUUGAAGCUA